UGGUAUAAUAAUUUUCAACACGUUCAACCAUUUUUUUUUAAAGAUUAAACCGAACUUUUGAACCUUUGAAUAUAAAUCAUGGAAUUACCUUGCAUUGGAAGUGAAAUAGCAGAAGGUACCCUUGCAAGUGAAGGGCGAGCUGCUCGUGAUGGUGGAAGUCGUACAAUUAUCUGGUGUGUACCUCGCUCUGUUUCUACGGCUCUCACCAAGUGUCUUAGUUUCAUCGAAGGCAUCCAAGUGUGGUUCGAACCCUACAUCUACUGCAGAUACGCCAGAGUGAUUACAAAGCAACAGCUAGACCAUGAUUUACCAGCCGAAUACGAAGGGAAUGAAGAGAUUUAUAAACGAAUGGCUGAUCACUUUAGAGAGAUCGGGCUGAUGAACACAACGAGACAGGAGAACCUUUCUUAUGCAUCGAUCGGUCGUUUUUUGGAGCAGUCAGUAAGCCGUCAUGUCUUGGUGAAGGAUAUGGCCCUCUCACCCGAACAGUACAAGUUCAUCCCAAAGGGCUUCAAGCAUAUCUUCUUAAUUCGACAUCCUCUCAGAGUGUAUAAUUCGUUUCGAAAAUCAGCAUUUGACCAACUAUCAGCCUGGGGGAUGUUGAAAGGCGAAUCCGCAGUUGAGGAAACGUUCGAUAUCGGACGCGACCACCCGUUCCGAAAAGCAGGUGACUCGGUGCAUAAAGAUGUUUAUUACAUGUGGAAAUAUGUCAUAGAAAAUCUAGACUCCGAAUCCAUUGUUGUCGACGGCGAUGAUCUGCUGACGAAUCCAGCCGAAUUGCUACCGAAGAUCUGCCGAUCGGCCGGGCUGCCAUACGACGAAUCGCUCUUGAAGUGGGAUGGGUCUUCCGAAGUGACGAAGAGUUGGAUGGUUCCUUCGAACGACAUCUUAGGGAAGAUGGUGUACUUCUUCGACACAGCUAUCAGGAGCAGCGAAUUUCUGCCGGCAAGCAAGAUGCCUUUACGUGACGACGUUCGACCUGACGUCAAUAGAUGUACCGAUCAGGCUAUGAAGUAUUAUGACGAAAUGUAUGAAGUUAGGAUCAAGGUCUAAGUAAUUUACCUUGUUCUGAGCCUCUUAGGUGCUAGCUAUAGGACACCAGUAUGCGUGAAUCUAUAUUAGCAGCUGUGGGACAGGGGCGCACAAUAAUGGGAUUUAAUUAUAAUUAUUUAGUUAUUAUAUCAUUUACCACUGUAUAAUUAUAAGCUACAUUGUUUAUUGUUAAUUUGUGAUCGCUCACGAAACCAUAUCACUUGUUGAUUGACUUGUUUAUGUAAUUGUUUUAUUUAUGUAUUGUUAAUGUUCCUGUAUUUGAAUGAAGUUUACUAAUAUAACUCAAAAGAUUUUUUUUUUAUAAAUUAGAGAUGUCGCCCCCACCUUUCGCCAAGUCAAUCUUUUUAACACACCGUCUCUAUUUGUUGAGACAUUUAAUUAGAAUGAGAAAAUUCACGAAUGCUGCCUAGAUGGCCUCGAAGAAUAUAAUUUAAAGGGCAAUCAAACUUCUGUAAUAAUUUUAUUUGUAUGAAAGCGGAAAUAAGAGAAACAGAUUGGCGAAAGUUUGAAAUGAAUCGGACUAAUGAUAAGAAAGUUAUGACAGUGUAUGAGUGUUUGAAACAUGAGAUCACUAAAGCUAUGCAAAUCUCAAAUAGGCAAUUUGGUUACUGGAUUGUGACGUUGUUGCGGAUAAUUAUUAACUCUCCCAUUCGUGUUGCUGUUUUUCUCCUAAGCGCCUUUUCCCUUGGGGCGAUAUUCAAAAUAUAUUGUGGAUAACAUAUUAUUAAAUGUUCUCUAAAAAUAAAUGAUACUCUCGAGUCAUAUAUUUUGAAAAAUUAACAUUUAUGAUUUAUGUCAUUUCGUAUGUUGGAACAAUGGGAAAGUUGCCCGGCGCUUCGUCAUAGUGACUCUACCGAUUCAGAAAAUUGAAGUGCCCAUUACGUUUAGUGAUUACAGCUUACAAAAUAAAAUAUUCAUAACUUUCUUAUUUUUGUCCGAUUUCGUUCAAACUUGUACCAGCCUGCUCCUCGGUUUUCUUUUAUAAUAGUUUGCUAUUAGAGUUGGAUUUCCCUUUAACGAGAAGAUUAUGUCCUGGUGAAGGUGAAAAUAGUUUAUGAGCUUUCUAAUUCCUUGUGCGUAAACUCAUAAGAGAAAUGCCCCUGAAAAAGAUUGAAUUUGCAAAUGCCCUCGAAGUCG